GGUUUUAGCGCGUUAAUGGGCGAGUUCCUCCUUAGACUUUUGGGCCGCACGGGCACUGAGAGGCUGUAUGAGAGGGACAAGGCCGAGGAAAGUUAAAUUGUACUGCCCCAUACAUGAAUUGUGCUACUCGUACUCGUACCUGCCCAACAACUUCGUCCAAAAGCCCCUUUAAGUCUCUCAAUUGAAGUUUCCUCGAAAGCUGUAUCUAUUUUAAUUUCCGGAGUAUACAGAAAAGAUGAGUGCUACUGUGCCAGAGACACCAGUGGCUGUGGCGGGCGAGAACCAAAUCGAGGAGAAAGUCGCCGCAUUAGACAUCAGCCAGGGUCAGACUGCAUCUGUUGCAGCAUCACUCCGAGCGAAACCCGAGGGGCCAGUCAAGACUCCAUUUGUCGACCCAGUCCCAUCGGCGAAACCCAAGGAAGCAGUAGCUCUCACCGCCGACCAAGAAGCCAAGUACGAGGAAGUCCUUGCGACUGUCAAGACAUGGACCGGAAUCCCAUCGACCAAAGGCAAGGAAGGCCCGGUCAUGGAAGAGGAGAUUAUGUGGUUGACCAGGGACUGCAUCCUGCGUUAUCUCAGGGCAACAAAGUGGCAGCCAGCUGAGGCCGCCAAGCGUCUCCUGAGCACCCUCACAUGGAGAAGGGAAUUUGGUCUUCUGGGGCUCACGCCCGAACACAUUUCGCCCGAGAAUAAGACAGGCAAGCAGAUCAUCCUCGGAUUCGAUGAGGAGGCUAGGCCAUGCCAUUACCUCAACCCCGGGCGUCAGAACACUGAGAGCAGCCACCGACAGGUUGAGCAUCUUGCCUACAUGCUGGAAAGGGUCAUUGAUAUGAUGGUUCCUGGCCAGGAGAGCAUCUGCCUGUUGAUCAACUUCAAGUCGAGCAAGUCUCGCUCCAAUACAUCUCCGCCUUUCGCCAUUGCUAGGGAGGUCUUGAACAUCUUGCAGACCCACUACCCAGAGAGACUCGGACGUGCUGCUCUCGUCAACAUCCCAUUCGUGGUUAAUAUGUUCUUGAAGCUUAUCAUGCCCUUCGUCGACCCAUUGACUCGUGAGAAGUUGCACUUCAACGAAGAUCUAACUAAGUUUGUCCCGAAGGAGCAACUGUGGACAGAUGUGGGUGGAGCCGUGGAGUUCGAGUAUGACCACGAGGCUUACUGGCCCGCCCUCAAUGGCCUAUGCAAAGAAAAGGCCAGCGAACGCAAAGCUCGAUGGGAGGCAGCUGGGAAGCAUUACGGCGAGAGUGAGCUCUACUUGAAGGGAGGGGAUUUCUUAAGCUUGGGGCAAAACGUCGAGCCAGAGGCUGCAGUGGAGGCUGCCGGUCCUGUUGCACCUGUUGAACCAGAGGCUGCCAUGGAGGCUAAGAUGACAGUUGUACCAGAAGCUGCUGUCGAGGCUGAGACGCCCGUUGCACCAGCGGCUGGUAUCGAGAAUCAGAAGCCUGAAGUCAAAGAGACCCAGGCUUGAUUAUUCUCACUAAUUGUACUUAUUAAUGAUGUUUCAUGCAGCGACAGCCUCGGGAACUAUCCCACAGAUACCAAGAUUAAGUAGAUAAUAAAUUUGAGAGCU